GAUAUGCCUUCCGUAGCGUACGGCGGCCAUUGCCCAGUUCUUUGGCCUCUCUCUUUUGGUGUGCCUAGCUAGGGUGGAGCUGCCAUGGCGCAGGCGAGGCGCUGGAUCCCCACCGCGAUACUGCUCGUGGCGCUGCUGCUGGAGCCGUGCGCCGGAUUCUAUCUUCCCGGCGUCGCUCCCCAGGAUUUCAAUCAGGGGGACGAGCUCCAGGUCAAAGUGAACAAGCUCACGUCCGUGAAGACGCAACUUCCUUAUGAUUACUAUUCCUUGGCAUUUUGCAAGCCGGGGAAGGUCCUCAACAGCGCUGAGAAUCUGGGCGAGGUUCUUCGAGGAGAUCGCAUCGAGAAUUCUCCUUAUGUGUUCCGGAUGCGCGAGGACUCGUACUGCAAUAUCGUCUGUAAGACGGACAAGCUGUCGAAGAAAAAUGCGAGGAAGUUCAAGAGGAAGAUCAACGAGGAGUAUCAUGUCAACAUGAUACUCGACAAUCUUCCUUUGGCGAGACUUAAACCCACGGCUGAUCCGUCUUACAAGGCAUACGACCGUGGCUAUCACGUCGGAUUCAAAGGCAGCUAUGUCAAUGAAGCCAGUGUGGAGAAGCAUUUUAUUUACAAUCACUUGUCUUUCGUCGUACACAUUCACAAAGAUCCGAACUAUGAGACAUCGCGUAUUGUCGGGUUUGAAGUCACUCCUUUCAGUGUAAAGCACGAGGUUGAGAAGUCCUGGAAUGGUCCCGCGGACACGAAACUCUCAACUUGUUCUCGCGAUGGUAAAAGGCGCGUUGGUGCCGAUCAACCUUUCCAAGAGGUUGAAGCGAACGAGGAGAUCAUAUUCACCUACGAUGUUGCCUUCCAGUUGAGUCCAGUGAGAUGGGCUUCGAGAUGGGAUAUGUAUCUCUACAUGUCCGACGACCAGAUCCACUGGUUUUCGAUCAUCAACUCGCUGAUGAUCGUCCUGUUCCUCUCCGGAAUGGUGGCCAUGAUCAUGCUCCGGACUCUACACCGCGACAUCUCCAAGUACAACCAGCUGGAGACGCAAGAAGAAGCACAGGAGGAGACCGGGUGGAAGCUUGUCCACGGAGAUGUUUUCCGCGCCCCGGUUCACGCAGGCCAGCUCUGCGUCUACGCCGGCACCGGCGUCCAGUUCCUGGGCAUGACUCUGGUGACCAUGUUCUUCGCGCUGCUCGGCUUCCUAUCUCCUUCCAACCGGGGCGGCCUUAUGACCGUGAUGCUGCUCAUCUGGGUGGGCAUGGGAGCAGUAGCCGGCUACUCUUCCUCGCGGCUCUACAAGGCCUUCAAGGGAACCGAGUGGAAGUCCAUCACCGUGAAGACGGCGUGCAUGUUCCCGGGCAUCGUCUUCUCGGCCUUCUUCGUCCUCAACACGAUCAUCUGGGGCGAGAAGUCGUCGGGGGCCAUCCCCUUCUCGACCAUGUUCGUGCUCGUCCUCCUGUGGUUCGGCAUCUCGGUCCCUCUGGUUUUCCUGGGGAGCUACCUCGGUUACAAGAAGCCCGCCAUCGAGGACCCGGUCAGGACCAACAAGAUCCCCCGGCAGAUACCCGAGCAGGCGUGGUACAUGCGGCCGCUCUUCUCGGUUCUCAUCGGCGGCAUCCUGCCGUUUGGAGCAGUGUUCAUCGAGCUCUUCUUCAUCCUCACCUCCAUCUGGCUCCACCAGUUCUACUACAUCUUCGGCUUCCUCUUCAUCGUCUUCUUGAUACUCAUGGUCACCUGCGCCGAGAUCACCAUCGUGCUGUGCUACUUCCAGCUCUGCAGCGAGGACUACAACUGGUGGUGGAGGGCCUACUUCACGUCCGGCUCCUCGGCGUUCUACCUCUUCCUCUACGCCACCUUUUACUUCUUCACCAAGCUGGAGAUCACCAAGGUCACGUCCGGGAUCCUGUACUUCGGCUAUAUGGCCAUCAUCUCCUACUGCUUCUUCGUCUUCACGGGCACGAUAGGCUUCUACGCGUGCUACUGGUUCGUACGUACCAUAUACGCGUCAGUGAAGAUCGAUUGAGAGAAAAACUCUUACCCCCCCCUUUUUUUUUAAUGUCUCGGAAUGGUAUCUUAGAUUUUAAUCAGGACUUCUUUUCUUAACUUUCCA